AUGCCAGCCAACACCAGUGCACGUUGGCUGGUGGGUCUGGUGUACCUUUUCUUCCUGGCCGUCUUCCUGGCCGCCGCUGCAGGCUACGAGGGUUAUUUCUUCUUGGCCGAGCGCAGCAUCCACGAGAACCAAGUGAUCGGGCAAUGCUUCGAUGGUCGGCCCGGCGGUGAGAGUCGUGAGGAUGCCAAGUUCACAGUGCGGCCAAGUCCCUGGAACAUGCAUCCACGCCGCGGCGAUCCACCCAAUCCGCAGCUUCUCUGCGACAUCCCGGUCUAUGCAUACGAAUGCCCAGCCUGGGCAAGCAGGAGGGAUUGUGCCCAGCUCCACCCAGAGGAGCUGCAGGAGGUGAAGCUCAUGAGGACGCAAGAGAGCGGGGUCUUCUGCUUCGGCUCGCUGGGCUGGUUCUCGUGGGAUCAGGAGGCAUGCGAUGCGGACGUCUGGUCCUGCACCUUUGGCCCUUGCAAUGGGUACCAGAAGAGCGCGCGCCUUUGCGCGGCCGAGCUCUCCAGCGGAUCCUACCUUUGCCACUUCGACCCCAAAGCGCCCGGUGCUGGCGUGAGCGAGAGUUCCUUCGCCUACCCGCGCUGGCGGGGGCUUGUCGCAGGAGCUUUGGCAAUUCUGGCGCUCGGAACUGGGGUCCCUGCAUGCUACCUGGGGUUCAGCAGCUUGUGGGCGUCACUCAUCUCUUCCUGCCCCCUUCCGCUGUAUGUGAUCGCUGCUCUCAUGGCAUCGCUUGGCUUCGGGCUCUUCAUACAAACUGCGAUCUUGGUGAUAAUGCCUGGAGUAACGAACAGGGCCACGCUGACUGAUGGUGUUCACAUCCUUGCCCUACAGCAUCCUUGGCGCCCCGGGACUUCCUCAUGCGCAGGAAGCCACCGCGGCAGAAUUGGGAGGGGCAUGGCAGUCGGAGAAGAUGGUUCCUUCAGGCUACAACCAGCCAGGAGUAGCUGCUCGUGUUGA